CUUUUGCCAAUACCACCAUGUUCUCUGUUGCGAAACCGUUCUUUAGACAAGCUAUCAGGAGCGGCGCUGCGACGGCAGCGCCCGCCGCGCAGCAUAGGCUGCUUUCCUCGCUGAGAGGAUGUGCAAGCAAGACGUCCGUCCACACGCGACAAGAGGGAGCACGAAUUUCAUACAGGCGAUGGGCGAGCUCCACAACAGCUCACUCAACAACCACCGACCCAGCAGAAGCAGAGGCUCUGCAAUGCCUCGAAGAGGGCACGCAGAAGCUGGAGGAUGGCGACGUGCAGGCCGCUAAGGCUCUUUAUCAGCGCAGCGUCGAGAUCAAGCGUACCGCAAGCUCACUAUUCAACCUCGGUGUCACACACUACCACCUCAAGGAGUACGACGAUGCCAUUGCAGUGUGGAAGGAAUCGAUCGCGUUACAGCCAUCAAGCACGGACGCGCACAUGAACAUUGCAAGCGCAUAUAUCAUCUCGCCCGUUAGCCGUCCUGACCUUGCCUUGCACCAUCUCAGCGUCGCAGCAUCACUCGCACCAGAUGACGCUGAGAUUGCGUUCAAUCUCGCCGCAGUCCUUGAAUCCUGCGGCCGUCUGGAAGAGGCACUCAAAUACUACAAACGCAGCAAGACGUACGGCGUCGAGCGUGCUGACGUGCACAUCCGAAAUGUCAGCGCAAAGAUCCUCGGCCAGAAGAUGAAAGCGGCAGAAGAGGAGCUGGCGAAGGAGCAAAAGGAAUCCAAGAGUGACUCAUAAGGCCGCAUCGGCGGACCGUAUCUUUCCUACUUCAGCCUCACCCUCAUCUUCCGUGGGAUCAAGUUCCUCGGAGCAGAAUGUGUCUCCAGGAGGGAGAACCGAGUGAGCACGCCAAGGCCACAGCUUUGUCAUAAGGUAUUGCUAUUUAAUCCAGAUUAUCAAGCGUCCUUGCAAAGAUGUAUUAACGCGUAAGUAACGAGAUAGGAAGGCGUGAAAGCAUGGCGAUAUGCGUGAGAUCGUGUAAUACCAGGGUGCGUGGGGUCGUGCAUUCAACGGUGCUGGCUAUAG